AUGAAUUAAUCUUAGUAGAAUAAAAAAUAAGGAGGCGGACCUCCAACUAAAGAAGUGCAAAAGCUUAGCCCUAAUAUGGUUGUAUAAGUAGUUUCUGCUUAGAUACAUAAAAGAAACCAAAGUUAAGGAAAAAAAGAUGCUUUCAUUUUAUUAAGACUAGGUAAUUAAGCUUAACAAACAUCAGUAGGCAAUGAUUAAGGAUAAUUUGUAUCAUGGAAUUAAGAUUAAACAUUUUUAUUUUACCAUGCAAAGGAAGAUAAGUUGAUCUGUGAAUUAAGAGAAGAUGAUCAUAAAAGUGCAGAUAAUUUUAUAGGAUCAGUAGAAAUAUAAACUUAAGAUUUAAUAAAUAAUAAGAGCUUUUAAGGAGAAAAAAAAUAUGUAGCAUAUGACAAAGGCUAAUAAACAGUAGCUGAUAUCACAUUAAAUAUUAAAUAUGAUUCUGCCAUAUAAAUUGACUCUUAAAAGAACUAAUAAUAAUUAUAAGAUGCAUUUAAGCAACAGUAGCAAAUAUCCGAAUAAAAUUACUAAAUUCGUAAAAAAUAUUAAAUGGAACAAUCUUAAAGCUAGGAAUAAAUAAGCCAAUCAUAGUUUGUUAAUAACAGCUAAGUGAGGAAAUAAAAUCCUAACAUAGUUGUAUAAAUUUUAUCUGCUUAAAUAGCAUAAAAUUUUGAGGAAGAAAAAGGUAAAAUGGAUCCUUAUUUUAUUAUGAAAAUGGGUGAAUAACAAUUUAGGACCAUUACAGCAAAAGAUUAAGGGUAGAAUCCAAAGUGGAAUGAAGGAGCAAAACAUGGUUUUAUCAGAAAUGAUGAAAACUAAAUAAUAUUAGAGCUAUGGGAAGAAGAUGAGAAGUCAUAAGAUGACUAUCUUGGAUAGGCCCAUGUCGAUAUCAAAUAGCUAAUAUCUGAAUAACCUCCUUAAAAUGAAUACAUAAUUUAUAAUAAUAAUAAUAUAUAAAUAGGUGUAGUUCAAUUACUAAUACAAAUAGAUAUGGCUUCAAUAAAAAAAAAAGAUGAUUCUAAUAAGAGUAAAGCAAAUGUUAAUUAAAGUAAGCAGUUCAACGUUUAAUCCCUAUCAGGAUUAGGAUUACAAAAGUUAGAUGCUAGCAGAACAAUUACGAAAGAAGAACUGAAUUAAAAAACAAAAGAAAUAUAGGAUAGAUUAAAUAAUAUAUAAGUCAAGCUAAGACCUUAGCCUUUAGUAACUUACAUUGAAGAUAAUGUUCAUAAAGCUUUGUUAGAAGGAAUGAAAAAGUUAGCAAAAGAAAGACCAACUAAUCCAAUAAGAGAAUUAGGAAUGUUUUUAAUAAAUUACAAUGAAGCAUCUUAAGAUUAAAAAACCCAUUAAAACUGA